UCGCGUGUUCUUAUUCUCUCUCUUUCCUCUCCCUACCUGUUUCAUCAAUUCAUCUUGCACCGCAAGGGAAAACAUAACCUAUUUCUCUCUCCUCCCGCCUUGUUUUGUCUCUCGUUGUCAACUUUAUAGGACACAGGAUCUUGCUGAGGACAUCUGUGUCAGAGCCGUGUUCCUCCCCCUCUCUCUCUCCUGUCUUUCUUCCUUUCUCUCUCUAAAGGCGACUACUCGUAAAGAAGAUCAUGCACAGCACACAGCACACAGCACAGCACAAAAGGCAGCAGGCCCCUCUCCUGAUCCUCUGUGUCAGAGCCCAAAUCUCCCUUUCUCUCUCCUCCCCGCCCUAUCUUCCCCGACCUUAACUCUCUCUCUCUCUCUCCUGCUGCUGCUCUCGCUCGCUCUCACCUUCCUCUCUCCUGCCUCCCACGACUCCCUCUCCUGCCUUUUAAGCGACGCGCAAGCCUCCUCCGGAGUUCUCUCUCUCUUGAUCGAUCCUCCAGCGGCCUUCCCUUCUCUGCUCCCUCUACCGCUGCUCCGCGCCGUUUCAUGGCACGGAAGAGAACGGCGCGCUCACCGCCGCCACCGCCGCCAAACCCUAACCCUAACCGCCGCGCCGUGGCCAGCAGCGCCGCCGCCCCGGCCCCGGCAUCGGGCUCGGCGUCGCCGUCAAAGCGCAUGCUGGCCUUCCACUUCCUCCGCGCGCUGGCCCGGAUCCACAGCACCAGCCCCGUGCCGCGGCGCUCGCGCACCAUCCGCCGCGCGGCCUACUCGUCCAUGGCGCGCGCCGCCAACCCGCGCCGCGCGUGGACACAGGCGCUGCUCCGCCAGGUGCGCGUGCGCAGGGCCAUGAGGUCGAGGCGCGCGGUCCUGCUGCGGAGGCGCGUCUCCGCGGCGCCACCUGCGCCUCCUCUGGGCGCCUCCAGGAGCAUCGUCUCUGCCGCCGGAGACACGGCAACGGCGGCGAUGGCUCUAGCCAGCAGGGGCGGGCCGCCUCCGCGGCAGGCGGGGGAGCCGGCGAGAGCAGACGCCCUCCGGCGGCUGGUCCCCGGCGGCAGCGAGAUGGAGUACUGCAACCUCCUCGACGAAACCGCCGACUACCUCCGGUGCCUCCGCGCGCAGGUGCAGCUCAUGCAGAACCUCGUCGACCUCUUCUCCGGCCAAUGAUCGAACCAGUAAUUAAUUAAUACCGCAUGGUUAAUUAAUUCUUGUUCUUGCACCGUCGAUCAUAUGCUGCUGCUGCCGCCGCCGCCGCUGUUUGUAUCUAGAUCAUCGCAUAUAUAUAUCUCUCUUGUUCAUGUCACAUGAGAUCGAUGCAUGGUUAAGAUAUAUAGGAGGAGAUUGUUGAGAGGAGAGAGAUUAUUAUUGUUGGUACAUACUUUUAGUUGGUAAGGUUAUUAGUAGGUGUAUAGAUUGGGAACACAUGGAAGAUUGGAGGGAGAUUGAUGAGGUAAUUAAUUGUAAUAUAUAUAGAGAGAGAGAAAAAAAUUGAUGAAGCAUAUGGAGUCACAUACAUAUAAGCUGCUAGUGCAAUAUACUUAUAUACUUGUUGUUGGGGGUCAGAUGAUUGAUAUGCGUAUAUGUUCGUGAAUUUUGGAACCAUGUCAUCUAUCUUUUGUAGCUAGCUAGCUAGCUACACAUGUAGGUAGCUGUUUUAUACACACGCACUUUUUCUGCCUAUCAAUUUUUCACUUUUAUGUAGGUCUAUCUGAAUGAGAAGGAAGGUAAUGGCUCAUAGCAUGGCAUGCAUGAACCUUUACCAUGGGUGCGUGGUUGCAUGAAUGCAUGAAGCAUGCAUGUUACCGACUCUUUUUUUUUCUAGAGCUAGAUGGCUGAUUGAGUUGGCUAUAUUAGCUCCCGUUUUUCUCGGUAGUGUAUAGCUGCUGCACAUGUGUCUCUCUAACACCCCCCCCCCCCAACCCCCCAAAUAGUCCGGAAGAGACAACUAGCUAGAUGAUGCAUGCUCUAGCUAGUUGUUGCCUUGUGUAAUUGGAGUGCUAGUAUGGUGGUUAUGUUCAAUUGGUUUGGUGGAGUGUUCCUUUUCUCUCAAAUUUGGGAAAGUGGGAUCCACAGAGUCUAUGAGGGAUAGGGCUGCUGAACUUUGAGCUUGAGAAGACAUAUGACUUGUAGCCAAAGGAACCAAAAGACAUUCUCUCUACAGGCAGUUAGCAUCUUUUGAUUAAAGGGUCUAGCUCCCUUUUGUUUUUCAUUGGGAAAUACAUAUUUUUUUCCGUCCUCACCUUCCAUCAACUGCGCCAACUAAUUAUCCCCCGUUCCUUUUUAUUAGGUGCCACCGGCUCUAAAGAGUAUUCUGUGUACUUGAUGCUAUCUAGUUUUCCUCUUUGGAUUUUUUUUUGUGUGUUAUUCUUCAUUGUUGUCUGCUUUGACACAUGCGUUUGUUUCUUUCUUUUUGAGGUAUAAUAAUCUGAAAGCCUUAAUACUGGCUUCUUCUCUUCAUUUCGAUCAACUGAUCAAAGGAGAAGUAUUCUGCCCAAAUUAUGUGCCACUGGGUAGUUUAAGCAUAUUCAUGCAAAUCUUACCAAAACUAUUCAUAAUUCAGGCUACCUAUAAGUAUUUAUUUAUGGUUUCCUUAUAGUUCCCCUUUGUUUAUUUGCGUUCCGGCCGUUCUCUUUGCACAUAUGUUGUUGUACCUACUUAUUUUGCGUGAACACAUUAUCUGUACUGUUCGUCUGUUAUUAUGAAAAGAUGCUGGAUUUAUUUUUC